AGAUCAUAGCUUGCUCGGGUCGGCUAAAAUCUCAUUCAACAAUUUGUGCCAUCUCUCUUCACCUGCUUUUCCAAGUCCCUGAUUCUGAUUAAGAUGCUCCAAUUAUAUCUCACUAUACCCCCCUCGGAUGAGAAAGGAGACAAUAAUUUAAUUGAUCAGACAAAAUCUUAUCUGAAGGAGCUAGAAUCUGUUUUAUGGUCUUUGAUAUCAUGUGGGUAUCGAUCUGAAGCUCGCCUUUGGCUUUGCAACUCACUGGAAGACAUAAGUUCUGUGACUCCCCGUCAUAAGCAAGAACUAUUUCUUGCCUUGUUAAGGUCAAAGAAAGUCAAACAACAGCGUUUGGCGGCAAAAAUUUUACAAUUAAUUUUUGACAAGCAUCCACACCUAGCUGGACCAAUCAUUUCAAAGAAAAGUUACUUGCUAGAAGAUUUCUUUAAAGGGAACUCGAAUUAUAUAUUGCAAUGGUUCUCUAACUUUGGAGGGUCUGUUGGUAUGCAUGGUAAGGGAGCUAAGGCACUUUCCCAAUUCGCCUUUGUGAAUCGUGACAUUUUUUAGGAGGAGCUUGAGUGGAGGGGCAAACAUGGGAAAUCACCAGCCAUGGUUGCCACAAACCCUAAUUACUUUCUUGAUCUAGAUGUCGAGAUGACAUAGAGAACUUUGUUGAAUACGUACCUGAAUUCUGGUCACGUGUCGACUUUUCAGAGUCAUUAAAAGAUGGUGCAAUUUUGUCAAUCGAUAAGAAUUUUUUCAUUGAAAUGUUUCUUGACCUACUGUACAAAGACAAUAUGAAGGAUGUCUGGGAAAUUAUAGAUACUUUUCUGAAGGAAGAGUCUUUUUCAACUCUAUGUCAUCACCUUCUUGUUGCGCUUGAGGAGGAAGAACUAUCUGUUUUCUUAGAUUUGAUCCCCAAAUAUCUUAACCCAUGUGUGGAAACCAUGAAGCGUGAUAAACCAUCUUCUUGGCUUGAGGUGAUGCUUGCGAAGUGCCAUGGCAAUAAUUCUAUCGAUCAGCUACUCUUGUUGAAUGCCAUUACAAUUCAAAGCCAUAAACUCUUGUUACUAGUCUGCGAAGAAGCUGGUGAUGAGGAAAAAUAAAAAAUAAAAAAUAUUGCUUCCCAUAUUUGUACACUCAAAAAUAUUGGCUUUGAUACAAUUCUUAAAGAUUCUGCUAAGAGGAAAUCCUUAGAGAUGCUGAAAUUGCUGGGUUCGCAGGCUUGGGUUAUGCAUCAUCAACUCUUAGAAGCAUUUCAGACCAUUGAUUCUUGGGAAUUCUUGUUUGCUUUUAAUAGAAUAGGUUUUCGGAAGUGUGGAAAGUACUCACUGUUAAAUCAUGAUGAAAUUCUGGGAGAGAGUGAGUCUGAUGGACAUUUGAGGUCUUCAAGUAGAUCUAAACGAAAGAGGAGUAGAACUUACCACAGGAAGAAAAAGAGGUGGAAUUUUGACCCCAGGGAGAUAGUAGAUUUUGAGGAUGGUGUGUUAGAUGUUUUGCAAAAUAAGGAUUGUAAGUGGUUGCUCUCGACGGAUGGAUAUUCCUUCACUUGGAGCAGUGCGGACUUACCAGGACAUUUGUCGAAUUACUGUUUUUUUACAUGGCUGAAAUUCAUCUUCAACAAGUGAAGAGAUUUUUACGCUAUUGUUUGCCUUAAGAUUGCGUGAUUGGCCAAUGACUCGUCUGGUUACCUAAAACCUCUUUCAUUCUGGCCACACUGUGAUCAAAGUUUGACCCUUACCAAAUGCGUCAUAAUAUCAUAUCAUCCUUUGGGUUGCCAUAUCACGGAUUACCCCACGAGAGGAAGAAUGUUUUGUCCACGCAGUGUUGGCGAAUCAUCAUGCACAUGAAUCUAGACUACCAAGUUUUGGUGUAACACAAAUUUCAGAGCUCUACUGCCAUGCUUUGUUUAUGUCCUAGUUCUUCCUCUUACUGAGAUAUGGCUUUUGGAAUGUCACACUGAUCUAUUUGUGAUCUUUCAUCUUCACAUAAUUGAAGCUGGGUGUUAUUAUGCCGUGUGACAAUGGUAGGAUAUCAGAACCAAAUAUGUUGCAGCAGACCUUGAUUUUACAGGUACUCAAGGAACUUUCACGGAGUUGAAAGGGGCGCUGAAAUUGUCGCCGGAGUUCGUUGAAGUUCGCCGGAGUUUCGCCGGAGCUCAAUAAGGGAGGCUAGAACUUCAUAAGCUUCAUUUAAGAUGGAAAGUGGUAGAUAUUCGGUUGAUAUGGGCAACCUCGAGCGCAACCGAACGAACGAGCUUGCGAGGAAGAAAUCCCGCAAAGGUAAAUCACAUAUCGGCUCUUCAUCUCAAAGCCGAGGUGAUUUUGAUACAGGUUAUGCAAGGAGGGAUGGGGAUGCCAUGACCGACGAACAACUAGAACAAGAAUUGCACUGACAUAAUAGUCGGUUUUUCCAAGACCAACCGAGGACCAUUGACGAAGAAGAGCUCGAGGACGAUGAUGCGGAGGAAGUAAUUCUGGACAUCCACGAAGGCGACGCGGAGGAGGGUGGUGGCAGCCACGACGCCGACGAGCUUGCCUCAUCCCAAACAGGCACGAAAAAAGUAGAUCUGAACUAAUGCAAAAUAAUUUUGAUAAGUGGAAGGACCCGAACACCGGGAAUUGGAACGCAACUUGCAAGUGGUGCCAGAAAAAUUAUAGCUUGGGGAUUUCCGGCGGAUACGGAUCCGCCACAAGGCAUCUUAAGUCCAAACACCCGGUGGAGUGUGCAAAAUUAGCCAAUUAGGCGGCGGAACGGGGAAGCAAACUCAAAUAUCGAGAUUUGCAAAUAACCAACAACCUUUUGGUAAAUUCUCAUACAAUGAUGCACAAAAUUUGACAGGUAUGGUUAACUUACUUGUUGAAGAAAAUUUGCCUUAUUUUUUUUUCCUGAAAGUCUUGCUUUUCGUGAUUAUGCACAAACUUGUUUAAAUCCUCAAUAUAGAGGUUAUAGUCGCAAAACGGUUAAGAAAGAAAUUUCAAGGCUUUAUGGUGCGGAAAAGGUAAGGUUACAAAAUUAUUUUGCAAACUUUGAUGAACGUGUUACUGUAUGUUCUGACAUAUGGGAGGUUACUUAUCAUAAUUUACAUUAUUUGGGUCUGACAGUACAUUAUAUUGAUAAUGAUUGGAAUAUGUAUAAACGUGUUCUUGCUUUUCGUGAAUUUAAUGAUUGUCACACCGCUGAACAUAUUUAUAUUUUGAUUGAGCGUAUUUUAAUUGAGUAUAAUUUAAUUGAUAAGGUGUUUGCUAUUGGUUUUGAUAAUGCUACUAAUAAUACUGCUGCUAUUCCUAGAUUGUGUGAAUUGUAUGAUUCUACUUCUUUGAUGAGUAGAUUUUUUCAUCAACGAUGUGCAUGUCAUGUUAUUAAUUUAUGUGUGCAAGAUGGUCUAAAAGCG